AUGGCGACCUGUAGCAGAGCUCUAAUGAUGAGCAGCCUAUGUGGUGUGGUAGCUCUGCAACCCAAAGAUCUGUGGAGUCUAUUCUUCACAAUCUUGCCUAAGCAGCUCUGUCUCACUGCCAGUUUUUUUCUGAAGAAAUUGCGAAAAGGUGAGCAUUUCCAUCAACCACUGAUGGAAUUGGAGGUUGAGGUCAGCACAUUGCCAGAGCUGCCGCAGGAUGUGUUGAUGAGCAUCUUUGCCACAUUGGAGAUCCCUGACCUUUUACGAGCAGGCUCAGUCUGCUCGUCCUGGCAUUCGGCCUACACAUGCCUGCGCAACCUGGGCAAGAACAAACAGUCUCAGACACCAUGCCUACUCUAUACUUCUAAAUCUGCUGGUGAAAAUGUUGCUUGUUUAUACAGCCUUGCGGAAAAUAGGGCCUACAAGAUAACUCUGCCCGAACCACCCAUCCAUAGUAGGUCGCUAAUCGGUUCCUCCAAUGGCUGGCUGAUUACUGCGGAUGAGAGGUCCGAGCUGCACCUUGUCAAUCCCAUCACUGGUGAACAGAUUGCUCUGCCCUCAGUGAUCACCAUUGAGCAUCUUUCGUUUGCAAGAGCAGGAGAUGACAAGUGGACCUGGCUGCCACACGGCACAGACUACAGUGAUUGUGUAUAUAUGGAUGGUCUAUUAUAUGCAUUGAAAUCAGUUGGAGAAAUUCAUGCCUUUGAUCUCACUGGCUCCAAUGUCACAAUGAGAGUAAUCAUUGACAGGUUGAAGUAUUGUAUCUAUGAGAGCAUGUACAUUAUUCGGGCUCCAUGGGGCGAUCUGCUGCAAGUUUGGAGGACUGUUGAUGUUCCACAGGGGGAGGAUGAGGAUAGUGAUGUCCCAGAGGGGGAGGAUGCGGAUGAUGAUGUUCCAGAGGGACAGGAUGAAGAUGACGAUGACCCUAGGAAAUGGCGGGCACGCACCUUGAAAAUAAAAGUAUAUAAAGUGGACGUGGAAGCAAAAGAGCUAGUGGAAAUAAACAGCUUGCCGUACCAUAUGCUGUUUCUUGGGCGCAACAAUUCGCUUUGUCUUUGUGCUGAAGAACACCCAAAAUUGAAGUCAAAUCAUGUCUACUUUACUGAUGAUUUGGAUCAAAUUACUACGCAAUUAAACAAUUAUACUCGUGAUAUAGGAGUUUGGGACUUAAAAAAUAGCAGCAAGAAGGAAAUUGUGUCUCAGAUUUGGUCCAACUGGCCUUGUCCCACUUGGAUAACACCCAAUCUUAUGGAGCUGAAUUUGGCAUUCGGCAAAUAG